AAAACCUCUGAUAAACCACUCUUCUCCACCAUGGCUCCCGCUUCUUCUCUGUCACUUCUCCACUACUCCCCUUUCUUCUCCAUUCUUCCCCUCUCAAAACGACACUGUUUUUCACAUUUCAAACCCUCCAGCUUCAAUUCCAAGACUGCCUCUUCAAUUUCAGAACGAUAUAAUUCCAUUGUCGUCUAUGCUAAAGCCAAAACCAAAGCCAAAGCCAAAGCCAAAGAGAAAGCUAAAGUAAAAUCUCCUUUACUCUACCAGACAACCGCAUUAGUAGAAGAUGAAGAGGAAGAAGACCACGAACAUGAUGUUGUUAAUGCAGAGGAUGAUGAAGAAGAAGAAAUGGAAGAAGAUGACUCAGUUAACAUAGCAGAGGAUGUCACUCAGUUGAUUGGGAGAACACCAAUGGUAUAUCUCAACAAAGUUACAGAGGGCUGUGUGGCUAAUAUUGCUGCUAAACUCGAAUCUAUGAAUCCUUGCCGGAGUGUUAAAGAUAGAAUUGGUUACAGUAUGAUUUCUGAAGCUGAAGAGAGUGGAGAGAUUUCUCCUGAGAAGAGUAUAUUAGUUGAACCAACAAGUGGAAACACAGGACUUGGUAUCGCUUUUGUUGCGGCAGCUAAAGGGUACAAACUCAUUGUUACCAUGCCGGCUUCCAUAGGUCUUGAAAGAAGGAUCCUUUUGCGUGCAUUUGGAGCUGAAAUUGUUUUGACUGACCCAGAGAAAGGUUUGAAAGGGGCAGUUGAUAAGGCAGAAGAGAUCGUUCUCAAAACACCAAAUGCAUAUUUGUUUCAACAGUUUGAGAAUGUAGCUAACACAAAGAUCCACUUUGAAACUACAGGACCUGAGAUAUGGGAGGAUACUCUAGGAAAUGUCGACAUACUUGUUGCUGGAAUUGGAACAGGUGGCACUGUAACAGGCACCGGUCGUUUCUUGAAAUUGAUGAACAAAGAAAUAAAGGUGGUUGGGGUGGAGCCUGCUGAUAGGAGUGUGAUCUCAGGAGACAAGCCAGGUUGUAUACCAAGCAUCUUGGAUGUUAAAUUGCUUGAUGAGGUUAUCAAGAUCACAAAUGAUGAGGCUGUUGAAAUGGCAAGGCAGUUAGCAUUGGAGGAAGGCUUACUGGUUGGCAUUUCGUCAGGAGCUGCUGCAGCUGCUGCAAUAAGUUUAGCUAAAAGGCCUGAGAAUACCGGAAAGCUCAUUGCAGUUAUAUUUCCGAGCUUUGGUGAGAGAUAUAUCCCCACUGUUCUUUUUAGGUCUAUAUACGAAGAAGUUGGAUUAAUGCAACCAAUAUAGUCAAACUCUCUCUCAGAAAUCCAAGCAUUUCUUGCAUCUCAGAUCGGGACCAUCGGGAUGCAUCAGCAGGUGUAUUCUUCAUAUCAAAACACAAUUUUUUGGUUUAGUUUUUUAAAUAGGCAGCGCGGAUAAUGUAUGGUCGACGACAACAAUGUAGUUAUUCUGAACAAGAUGUAGGGAAGAAGUGGUGCUCAUCAUGACAAUGCAUAUCAUAUGCUGCUAUAAAUUUAUGCGAAGCUGUCGGUGUCAGAGACGAAGCUGUUUUUUGUACAGAUUUUCUUAUCAGAAUCUGCUAUGGUGUUCAAAUAGCAACUGUAAGUGUUUCUGAUGCCAUUACAUUAAAGCACAUGAUAGAUCAAAAAAACAUUGUCUUUGUAGAAGACAUUUUUCACGUCUCAUCAAUUUCUUACCCUACAAUUAUGAUCUGAUUAUUAUUGAGAUUUUAAACAAAAAUGUAACAUUGGAUGAGUUAGAUUAAUCAACUACAGCAGGCCAUAUGAUAUGUAUUAAUGACUAAUUCAAUGAAAGGUCAAUUUUUGAUUGUGA